AUGAGAUUACGCGUUGGCGGGCUGGAGCCCCGCAAUAAUUGCGGCGAGUCCGGGGAGGGCCAAACCCCGCGUCCGAGCGAAAUCUCAUGUCCAAGGCCAGCUAUGCCGUCCUUGCUGCUAUCGAGCGUGAGCACGUUCCCAGUCGUAGGCACAAGCUGCGAAUAGGAGGAUGCUGUUGCCUUCCGCGCGACCACUCACUCACAUCCGGCGAAGGUGAGCAAUAAGCACUGUCUUCUGCGCUUGAUCACACGGUGACCGACUCUCGGUAGAAGUAUUGCAAACGUGGCAGCCAUGACUCGCCCCUCUUUCCCGCGUCCCGCUACACUUCCAGGUCGACAGUCCGCGCAUACACCAAGACAAUUGGUCCCCAUCGAUGAUGCGGCGGACUGGGGUCCUCUGCCGACCCUACCGUCUCGAACGCGGAUCUUUCCCGACGCGUCUUGGGUGCUUUCGACGCACUUUGUGCCUGCUGCUCUCCCGCGGACGACCCCAGACAUCCCACCGGUCACGCUACCUACCUGGACUCCAGACAAGGAGAAGUGGAAGGCGGCGGUGCGGAAGACAGCAGAUGAAAUCGUGGGCGUGCGGUACAAACAGUGGAAUGGCGAGCUGAAGGAGCCAGGGAGCCGCAAACCACUCUGGGUCAACCUGAAUCGCUACAGACGGAGAGCGCUCUCUCCGGGAGACGAGAGCAAGGGUGUCACUCUACUGUUUGCUCAUGCAAAUGGGUUCCCCAAGGAGAUCUGGGAGCCAGCUUUGCUGCAGUUGCUCGAACAGCACAAAGCAUCUCGCUCGACGUACCAGAUCGCUGAGGUAUGGGCAUGGGAAGCAGUUAACCACGGGGAUUCCUACCUCGUCAACGAGAAGAACCUAGGAGGCAUCUACGAUUGGCAGGACAACAGUCGGGACGUCAUCCAGUUCUUACUGCAUUAUUUGCCUUCUCGCGCGUCAUCCUCCGAGCUCCCGCUUCACCUUCCUCGAUUGACUGACAGCAUUGCACGUGAACGACGAUCGCGCGGGUUCAGUGAAAGGACGAUGGUCGGCAUCGGGCACUCGCUUGGUGGGGGUACUCUCUCGCGGGCUGCUAUUGCAGAGCAGGCCCUCUUUCGUUCCCUGAUUCUUGUGGACCCCAUCAUCCGCCCCUACCCACGUCAGGGCCCGCUCGUCAACGCGGCGACCAUAAAGCUUACCCUCGGUGCGAUACAGCGCCAGAGUCGCUGGUCGUCCCGCCAAGAGGCGAAGGAGAAGUUCCUGGCGUCCCCGUUCUUCUCCACGUGGCACCCAGACGUGCUCGACAUGUACGUCGAGUGUGGAUUGACCGAGGACGCUGAAGGCGGCGUGAAGCUCAAGAUGCCCGGCAUCCAGGAGGCACUCACCUUCACGGAGGUGAUGACGACGUACGAUACAUGGGAUCUCAUCGACACGCUCGACGCGCGCGUCCCGCUGCGAUGGAUUCUGCCAGGAAAGGACGCAGAAGCGUCAGCGCAGACCUUCGCUGACGAACCGUAUAUCGACACUGACGGUCGGCGCACCGAUGGCGGGGUCCGCGCGCAGCUCGCGUGGCGCAGGCCGGCGAACGCGAGCAAUGUAGUCAUCCAGGAGGCUGGUCAUCUCAUUGCGCAGGAGGCCCCCGUGCAGCUCGCUGAGGAGUUGGAUGCGUUCUUGCAGAACCAGUACGGCUCGGUCACUUCGCGCUUGUAAUGGUGCCGGACCGUUUUGCCAUCUGGGGAUCAAGUUGCAUCUAGAGGGGCUCAACAUUUGAGGGCGGGCUUAUUUUGGUACAUCUCUAUCUGUGGUGUUAAAGGAUAUGGAAACGCGUAUGAACAGCAGAAUAAUUUCUAUCUUCGUGGUAGAGCGG